AUGAAACAAAAAGCUAUCAUAAUUUAUAUGCAAGAUGUGACCACAAAACAAGCCUUUGCUGAUUGCCAGCGUACAGCUGCAUCUCACCCAAAACUGGUGAAACAUUUGACAAGAACUUACUUGAAGAGUGACUUUGAGAAUUUUCUUUCUGAAUUUACUUGUCUAUUGAAGAAAUCUCUUAUACAUGGAGAUAAGCAGCCAGCUGUGGAAAGGACAUUGAACUUUGUUGCUAAAUUUGCAACAAGUAAAAAAUCUGAAACUGAAGAAAAUGGGAAAGAAGAGAAAGCAAAAGAUGACGAGGAGGAAGAGGAAGAGCCAGAGGAAGCAGAUCCUUUCCUUGUAAAAUUGAUCCAAUUUCUACUAAAUAAUCAUGAGGCCAAUAGCCAAGCUGUGCGCUUCAGAGUUUGUCAGCUGAUCAACAAGAUCCUUAACCACAUGGGUGAGGAGGCAGUCAUAGAUGAUGAACUCUACAGCAAUAUCUAUGACACAAUGUUGCACAGAUUGCAAGACAAAAUACCAAGUGUGCGAGUCCAGGCAGUGUUGGCCUUGGCCCGUCUCCAGGAUCCACGUAACAAGGAAUGCCCUGUAAUCAAAGCAUAUCGUUACCACCUGUCAAUGGACCCAAACAGUGAUGUUCGACGGGCAGUUUUGACGAGCAUAGCCAUCACUUUCCAGACCCUCCCUGAUAUUCUAGAGCGUACUCGUGAUGUACGAGAUCUCGUUCGUCGACAGGCUUUUGAAGUGAUAUCCCGAAAGGUGCACUUGAAGUCAUUGACAAUUGCUCAGCGAGUGCGGCUCAUUGCCGAAGGACUGACUGAUCGUAGUGACGUAGUCCGAGGAGCAGUGGAGAAAAAUCUGAUCCAGUCAUGGCUGCGCAUGGUCAAUGGAAAUGUACUGGAUCUGCUUUCUUGUCUUGAUGUUGAGACUGCUGUCAAAGAAGCUGAGCUAGCUCUCCAGUCCAUGUUUCGUGAUGUCCCUUAUGCUGACCUCAUUGAAAACUUAGGUCUCAAUAAGGAAACUAGGACCUUAGAAUCAGGGGAAUUAAGGCCUGAAUCAGCACUAUACUGGCGAUGUCUCGCAGAGUAUUUGAGAAAGGAAGGUGCUGAAGAAGCUCUGGAACUAUUGCUUCCAGAAUUGACACACUUUUGCUCUUAUGUAAACAACUUUGUUAUGGUUGAAGUAAUGGAUGAUGGUGACACUCAAGAAACGCUUGUCAGAUGCAUGGAGAGGGAGUUCAUCACAACUCAGCUUGUUUCCAUUAUCAUGCUCUAUGAUUUAAGUGAUGAGGUUGGGCGUCGAACAUUGGACCAGCUUGUGAGGAGGUUGUUGGUGUCAGACAAAGUGGGUGAAACACUUGUAAAGGGACUUGUUGAAGUGUUUGGGAAAAUUACACCCUGCAACCACACAGAACCAGUGACCAGAACAGAGCAACAAGAACGGCCUUUGUCAGAUGAAGAACAACGCAAGAGAAAAACUAGAGAAGUAGAGGAAUGUGUGCGAAGUCUUGAUCUUGAGAGAGCUCAGGCACUCAAGAAGGAGCUGGAAGAGUUGGAGAAAGAAUCUUCUGUGAUUGAUCUAAAUUUCUCAACAUCAGAGGAGGUGAUACAAGAGGAACGAACAGACCCUACCACUCUCAGCAAAUGCCUGAUGAUUGUGUCUCACAUGAUAGAGAAUCCAGACAUUAUCGUCAUGAAUCCUACCUUGUAUUCCUUGCAUGAGAACCUAGUCUUGCCUUGUCUACGUUCAGAGGAUCCUGCUGUUAGAAACCAAGCAGUGCGUGCACUUGGUCUUUUGUGCUUGAUUUCAGAGGAAUUGAGCUGCCAACACUUGAUUUUAUUUAUGCAGGCUCUCAUUUUAUAUUUGCUAUUUAUGAAUAUUGUGGACUCCGGGUUUUAUGUGAAGGAGCUGGAAGACAUUGACGCUCGCUGCCACCCGCCUACCACUGCCUCGCCACACUACGCCUUAUCCCGUGCUGCCCCAGGGCAACUCUAA